AUGAGGUGGGAGGAUCUUGAAGUAUAUAUCCCCAUUCUGACUACAGUUAUGCCCAAAAUACGCACAAAUUAUUUUAAACAUACUAACGGGUAUAUAAUUGUUAACGGGCACAUUUGUGUGGCGGGAGAUGACAUCGAAGUUGACCAUACCGUCGAAUGCUAUGCAGAAAAUCAGUUGGAUUAUUUAUCUGAUGUUUUUUAUCCAAGAUGUUCUCCCGAAUUGCAACGAUUCACAACCAAAGAUAAAAAUGAUACUGAACUCAAAUGUUUCAAAGAGGACUUCACUCCAUGCAAAAAAAGGAAAUCCGAGUUUGACGAAAAUACUAAUAAAUCCGAAACUAUCUCUGAUUCUCCUCAUAGUUGUUACUUCUCAGGCUCUGAGACCUCAGACACAUCAGUUUUUGUUCUCAAUAACGAAAGAGAAGUUCCGGAAGGAAACCGUAAAAGGAAGUCGAGUGGUGAUAAAAAGAAGUUAAUGCAUGUCACUGAAGAUCUUCCGUCUGAGAGAACUAAUAAUGAUUUGGAAAACAUUAUGUCUUUCGUUCAAAAGCUGGAUUUCAGUAAUUCACGCGAGCUUCAGCAAUUCAAGAGAAUUAAAGACAUGAUGACAUCGAGAGAGCAAGAAUUCGAAAAGGCAGAAAAAGAGAACAAGCAGGAAGAUGAGACACCCGCUCCAGUUAAUCAAAUUGGGGCUGUCCGUCAGAAACUUCAGAACCUACUCAUGCUUGUCAAAACUCUCACGAAAAUGAAGUUGAUUCAUGAUCUUCCAUAUUUAACUCAUAUGGAAACACUUCUUGAUCUCUCUGAAUGUUAUCAAAAUACUUAUAACAGAAAUGAAAGUAGUUUAUCAAAUCAUUCAAUACUACCUCCAUUUAUAAAUAAUGAAACAACAUUAAAACCUUUACAAAAAAAUACUUACAACACCUACGACGUAAAGAUAGUUGUGGAAGACUAUUUUGCAAAAAAAGCGACGAGCAUCAGUACACCACGUCGUCCCUCACAGCUACUGAACUCAAAACAACGAUCGAAUUCCUCAAUGCACUACAAUAUUGUUCUUUUGUUCUGUUUGGCCAUUGAUUUCAUCAGCCAUUGCUCACCAAUAACCAAAAUAUAG